CGGAUUGCGGAGAAGGAGAGCAAGGCGGCGACGGCGACCUUCCAAUCGCGCACGGUCGCCCGACCUUCCAUCACCCACGCAUCAGAGCCCCAAUACAUCUCAACACCAAACUAUUCUUCGCUGCCGUUCCCUCUGCGACGACGACGACGCUGACCGGAAGAAAUCUCCCGUCGUGCAUCCGUCAUCCACUCGCUUGACCUCAAUCAAUCGCUCGCUCCUCCUAUUGCCGCAUAACAUCGCGAGUGAAGCCGGCCAACCAUGGCGUCUACAGCGGAUCAAGCCCCCACGGCACCACAGAGCACUCCACAACAAGCGGGCGCAGGGUCGCGACCACAGAGCAGGAGCGACCAAGGUCUGUCGUCAAGCCCAGUCGAGAUGAGGACUCUCCAGGCGUCGGGCGUCGUGCCAGCCUCUGCGAACACGGGCACGCAGGUUGCAGAGACACCCGUUACAGCUCCGAUAGCGACUUCCACACCACCUGCAGUCGAGACCAGCGCCUCUGAGAAUGCGCCUGUCGCUGCUUCUCCGUCUGCGAAACCCGCACCUCCCGCUGCGUUAAAUCGCGCAGAGACCGAGGCAAUUGGGCCGUCGACGGAUACACCAGCUGCAAACCCAGACAACACCAACGGCCCCGUGCUCGUGAUAAUGCUGCUCCUCACUAGUGGUGCGAGACAUCCAUACAAGAUCGAGGAGAAGUACCUGAAGAAGCGCAACAUCAACGUUGAGAACAUGGACCCCUACAACAUCAGUGUAUACACGCUCAAGGAGCUGAUAUGGCGGGACUGGCGAGAAGAAUGGGAGACUCGACCUACUUCGCCAGUCUCGAUACGACUGAUCCACUUUGGUCGCAUGCUCGACGACAAAUCGCCACUAAAAGAUUGCCGGUUCCAGACAGACUCCCCUAACGUGGUGCACAUGACAGUUAAGCCACAAGAGAUGGUCGACGACGAAGAAAACGCUAAGACCGGAAAGACUGGGAGCCGAAGAGAUACCGAAGAUGAGCCUACAGCUGGCUGCCGCUGCAUCAUCUUAUAGUCAUCGUAUCCGUUGAAGCCCAAACUCCGGUUACCAUGUUCUCUUCGAACGACAUUCAGGGUCGGCAAAAGUAUAUA